AUGGACUGCUAUAUCGGUGCCACGACCGGUACAUUCAAGGGAGCACUUCUCAAAGAUAACACUUUCGAAAAUCUGAAUAAAGUGAGCACUUUGGACCCGAAAAGCGAUGAAAUCACUUCGAUGAUUUGGAAUGAUGAUCAGCAGACAGAAAUUUUAAUCGCCCGAAUGAAUCGAGAUCUCCAGCUGUACGAUAUCGAGCAAAAUGAACAAGUUUCGAUUCUAACAGUCACAGGAGGUACCGGACCAAUUAAAGGACUUCAUAAAUUAGACGAAAAAAUCGUGACAUGCGUCGAAAGUGGUGAACUUCAAGUGUGGAACGACAAAUCCGAAACGGUUUCCGAGUGGAAGUGUGGUCCCGGUGUGGCAGUGAUGCGCGGCUCCGACGAGAAGCCGGAAAUCGUGACGGGCGGUAUGAAGAAUCUGUUGAAGACGUGGAAUUUGGAGACUGGGCAACAAGUGUGGAGUGCGAAGAAUGUGCCGCCCGAUAUGCUUGGAUUGGAGAUUCCGAUUAUGAUCACCGAUGCGAGAUUCAUUCCAGGAGAGAAUACGAUUCUCGAGGCGACGAAGCUUCAUGAGAUGCGCGUCUACGAUCCACGUGCUCAACGAAGGCCCGUCAAAAAGAUUGUAUUCAUGGAGAACCCGAUCAUGUGCACAUCGCUCACCAACAAAACAAACCAGAUUCUCGCCGCCAACUCGAUCGGCGAAAUGGGAUUGUUCGAUUUGCGUAGUAAAGUGCAUCCGAUGUGUAAAUUCAAGGGACAAGCCGGAUCGAUUCGAAGCAUUUCUGGCCAUCCGACAAUGCCGUUGGCGGCGUCGGUGGGAAUUGAUCGAUUCUUGAGAGUUCAUGAUUUGCAGACCAGGAAAAUGGUUCAUAAGAUCUACUGCAAAGCUCGCCUGAAUCGUGUGCUCCUCCGAAAUGAGCUCUCCAUUCUAAACGACCGAAAAUCCGCGGCCAAAAAAGAAAUCGACGAGGAUGAAGCCGAGUACGGAAAGAUGACAGAAGACGGCUACCGAUCUGAAAGCGAUGAUGAUGACGUCAUCGAGGAAGACGACGUUUGGGAUGUUAUGGAGCCGGUGGCCAAGAAAAAGAAGAUGUCGCACGAUGACGUGGAAAUCGUGGAAGAGGUGGAGAAUCAGAAGUCUAAAAGGAAGCGGAAGGCAGUUGUGGUGCCAGAAGAGGAGAUAAAGGAGGAGGUGGAGUCUGACGUGGAGGAGAUUCAGAAGCCGUCGCCGAAUAAAACACCAAAAUCUGGGAAGAAAGUGCUGCUGAAAAAGAAGGCGAAGAAGGUCUAA